AUGCGUACCGUGACAGACCCGACCACGGGCAAGGACAUCGGUGUUGAAGACCUCGACGAGAAGUCUAUGGAACCUGUAAAGAAUCCAAUGUUGACGGUUCCGAAUGCAAAUAUUGGGAAACCCACGGAUAUCCAAACAAGUGCCGACCAAGACCUUGCAGAGUAUAAAGAAAAACAAGACAUCACCGCACCCCCUGAUCCCAUCGCCGAAGGCACGACCUCCGAUGUUCCCAUUCGAGGAGAAAAGACGAAUGUUCUGUUCCACCCAACGCCAACUGUGUCAUACCAGCCCAUGUUUGAUCCAUUGCAGAAGCGUGCGACGACCUUAUGCAUUGGCAUACCUAUUGCCAUCAUUAUAUUGGGCCGGAUGUGCGGAGGAUCUCUUUGGGGCCUCAUUCCCUUAGCCGCAUGCAUCACUAGUGGAGUAUGGCUAUGGAUGCAGGAAGUCAUUCGCAGUGGUCGGGCGAUGGAGUGGAGCAGUGAGCAACUUCGCGGCCAGAUGGCAACUGCCAACCUUCUUCCUGAAUCUGUCGAGUGGAUGAACACUUUCCUCAGCGUUGUGUGGGGACUCGUUAACCCUGAGAUGCUGACACCUGUGGCCGACACAAUCGAAGAUAUCAUGCAGGUCUCUGCGCCCAAGGUUGUAGAGAAUGUUCGCAUCGCAGAAAUCGACCAGGGCAGCAACCCACUCCGGAUUCUGAGCAUGCGCUCUCUGCCCGACGACCAUGUGCAGGGCCUGAAGGACAACAUCCAUGAGGAAAACAAGAAGAACAAGGACCCACAGGAAGCUGCUGCUGCCGAAGAAGGAGGGAGUUAUUACAACUUGGAAGCCUCCUUUGCCUAUCACGCAAGCCCAACUGGUCAGAGUGCCUCGUCAAAGGCACGCAAUAUGCAUAUGCAACUGGUCUUCUAUCUUGGUAUUCGAGGCUUGUUUGGUGUGCCAUUUCCCGUGUUCGUGGAGCUGAUCGAACUUGUCGGGACUGUCCGCUUGCGCUUCCAAAUGAUGCCCGAAGCACCGUUCAUGAAGGAUGUGACCUUCACUUUAGUUGGAAUUCCCCACGUCAGGGCAGGCUGCAUGCCAAUGUUCCGAACGGGAGUGAAUGUCCUGAACUUACCCUUGAUCUCCAACUUUGUCAACUCGGCCAUUAGUACUGCAUGUGGCAUGCUUGCAGCUCCCAAGUCAAUGACCAUGGAUCUCGGCAUGAUGUUGACAGGAGACGAUAUCCACAAAGAUACUUUGGCUCUGGGUGUGAUGUGGAUUCGCAUUCACCGCGCCGUCGGCUUGAGUAAGCAGGAUACUCGCGGGAGUGAGGGUGGCGGCAGUGAUCCAUACAUAAACCUGUCCUUCUCGAAGUAUGGCAAGCCGAUGUAUUGUACACGUGUGAUUACGGAUGACCUCAACCCAAUCUGGGAAGAGACUGCUGCCCUUCUUGUGACACCGGAAUUGAUCAAGGCCGAUGAAAACUUGAGCAUCGAGCUCUGGGACUCUGACCGCAACACCGCGGAUGAUAUUGUCGGCAAGGUUGAGUUACCUAUCCGUGAGAUGCUUCAGCAUCCCAGUCAGAUGUACCCUCAGAUAUCGAAGCUUCAGGGUAUGAAUGAGGGCAGUGAAAUGCCUGACCUUCCUGAAAACCUAAGAGGCAACCCGACUUUCGAAGAUGAAAAGGGAGCUAUCAACAACGACGAAGAGGAUGCCGUUAUGCAUACACCACCUGAUCCAAUCUGGCCCAGCGGUAUUGUGCACAUUGUUGUGCACCAGAUCGUCAACCUUCAGCUUGCCAAUAUCAAGGGCAGUGAUGGCAACCGCAAGGGAAAGGAGUAUGAGCCAGCUAAGCCAUAUGGCGAGAAUACAGAGGAAGAGGGUGAAGAUCUCCCAACGAGUUACUGCAAGGUUAUGUUGAACGAUCAACUAAUCUAUCGCACCCGUGCGAAGGCUGUGAGUUCCAAGCCUAUUUUCAACGCAGGAACUGAACGAUUUGUCCGCGACUGGCGCUCAGCCGUCGUGACCAUCACCGUCCGAGACCAACGCUAUCGCGAGCACGAUCCCAUCCUUGGCGUGGUUCCCCUCAAACUGUCCGAUAUUCUUCAAACCAGCUCACAAGUGACCCGCUGGUAUCCCCUCGAUGGUGGCAUCGGGUUUGGACGCAUCCGUAUCUCUCUUUUGUUCCGUCACGUGGAGACCAAGUUGCCACCUCCGAUGCUUGGCUGGGAUGUUGGCACCUUUGAAUUUGCUGGACAAAGUAUCAUCGCGAAGAACUUUGGUCGACACAUUAAGAUCAAGAUGCGCACCGGUGGCAGCGUUGGCAAGGUCACCCGGCACAAGUGCCACAUGCAAGGCAGCGAUGCGAUAUUCGAUACCUCCGAUCAGACAUUCCGCGACUCGCUACGCAUGCCCGUGAAGCACCGAUACCGCUCCCCGAUAGUGUUCGAGCUCCAUAACCAGGGCAAGCGAGGUCCGGCAGCAUACUCUGUUUUGUGGCUGCAGCAUCUUGUCGACAACGAGGAAACAAACAUCGACCUUCCCAUCUGGACGACAAAGAUGGGUGCUCGCUUGACGCAAAAUUACGUCACGGAGGAAAACUGGAAGGCCAAGCAAGUACCUGGACUCGAAGACUUAACAGAGGUGGGACGUCUGCAAUUCCGAUGCAAGUUCUCGCCGGGCAUUGACGAGUCGCACGAGCGUUUCGUGGUCGACAACGACUCCCGCGAGACCUUCGAGACCUGGGAAGCGUGUUUAUCACAGGGUGUCCGUUCCCGCACCGUGGACAUCGAAGUCCCCGCGGAAGUGCAGGAAAAGCACGAGCAGUCUUUGAUCGACGGACGGGAUAUCUUAAAGCAAGCUUCGCCUGCUGAGCGCCAGCGGUGGAUUGACCACGACGGUCGAGACUGGAGUGGUGCGUUUGGUCAAGACCCGCGUGCCUAUACUGAUUCCAUCGGACGCAAGGUCGCUGAGCCUGGCCGCGACCUCCCUCGCCAUGACCCGUACACCCCUCCUCCACUCAAGGAUCAACCUUCUCAGCGAGACAGUUUCCAGAGUGGAGAGCACCACGACGAGGACAGCUCGGAAUCGGAUGAAGAGCUUGAGCCCUUGUCGAAGGGACCCUCGACUAUCAGUGGCAGUGCUGGAGCUUCGUCGUCUUUGUCUCAAAGCAAUAUGAGUGCCAGCCAGGUAAACAGGGCGAACAAACACAGUGAGCAGCGGCAGCAGCGUGGCCUCAUGCAGUGGCGGCCUGCGCGGAAUGCUGCUUUUGCCAAAGAUGAGGCUAAGUAUGCGCUCCGUAAGAUGAAGAAGAAGAUCGGAGCGGGUGGCCUCACUGGUCGCGAGCCAGAUGUUGAGACGGAGACUUGA